AUGGACUUCAGAUGCGACUACUGCGGUAGCAGUUUUGGACGGCAAGAGCAUCUAACACGACACAAGCGUUCUCAUACCAGGGAAAAGCCCUUCAACUGUACCAAAUGUGGUAAAAGCUUUUCUCGACUGUUUGUCUUACCCAACUUAUUGAUCGAGCUCACCUCUGACACAUCAAAAGGGACGUCCUCACACGCCACACCGCUUCUCAUAACCAAGAUGAAGAACAAUCGCGUCGGCAUGGAACAUCGGCGAGAGCUUGCAGUGAGUGUGCAUCGAGCCGAACUCGGUGCUCAAGGGAGAAACCGUGGACGUCCUAAUGGGUUGCCUGAUGCCCCUGAGGAUGUUGAUGAAGACACCGAACAUCACGAUCGUACUAUACCUGUGUCGGUCAAUGAUGAUGUGGAUACCUCAGAAGGUCCAGAUGAUUGUGGCAUGAAUGUCCAGCCGGCCCUGGGGAAUCGCGAGAAUGGCACUUCUAUUAUGCUUCCCACUGGUAACGCAAGCCCCAACGAGCGGGUUGCUGUACAGUCCCAUGACAUUGGAUGGGAAGCGAUGACGACCAACGACGGCGUUCAAUACAAUACGCACGACGGAAAUGUCUCCUACGAUGCAGAGCUUCUUGGCAACUUCGCUAAUAGCGACUUUUUUGCGGAUCAGUCCGUAGGAGUUUCUGGUAUCAACUGGCUGUCUCCUGAGUACUACACCAGCUUUGACUGGGCACAGCCCACAGCUGCCGAUGGAACAUCCAUUCCGAGUUACGACCGCCUUCAGACACUGUCCUUGGCUGGAAACCAGACUGUACAGGGUCCAUGGUUUAACCUUGUGGCAGAGCCCCUGAAUCAGAUUCAAGAACCACCGGCGGCAUCUAGCCAUGAUAUACACGGUCCAGGUCAAACGUUUGGAACUAGGCAUGACGGCAGCUCCAAUGGGUCAGUCAUGUCCACAUCAACAACGGGAACCUACUACGUCGAUGGAGCGCCCACUAGAGCACCAUUCAAAGGAGGUCCAGUCCAGAUAUAUAGCGAGGAAGGAGUCGAAUGCCCGGGGCUUCCAAAUGUCGUCCAAGCAGAUGAUUACAGCCAAGGCUCAAACGGUCUGACACCACUUCUCUUAUCGACCAAAGCUUACGAAAGUCUAAUCCACAAAUUCAAAGAUGAAGGAUGUUUCAAAGGGCUCGCGCUCAACCCGACACAGCUUCCUUCUUUGUCGCACACAAGAGUCUACUUCAGGCUCUACUUCCAUCGCUUUCAUCCGGCGUAUCCUUUCUUGAGGAAGUCAACAUCCAUAUAUGACUCGAAAUCUAAGUGGCUUGUUCUUCUCGCUGUAUGUGCCAUUGGAUCGAUAUAUGCCCCAGGUGUCAACAAUCACAGCCAAAAAGAGACACUGUUCCUUUUGCUCGAAAAGGCUGUAUUACAUCACAUUUCGGAACACACUGGCUCAAGAUUGCCGACAUGCUGGGGCUCGUUCUGCGAAGCUAGGCCAGAUGACAACUGGACCUUGGGAGUUGUUCAAGCAACAAUUCUCUAUCUCGUGUGCAAAUCGCAGAACCCUAAGACAGACUCCAACCGAUUGGACGUGGCGGCGCGUCAAUUUCUUCUUGAAUGCUGCCGCGAGCUCGGCCUGUUGAACAUAGCAGCUACAAAGUCAACGAACAUAGAAUCUGCCACGAAGGAGGACGUAUUGAAAGCUUGGAUCCAGAAGCAAUCCAGUAUCCGAACCGGGAUGAUGGUAUGGAUUCUUGACUCUAUCUUAGCUUUGGAGUUCAAGCAAGAACCUCUACUUAGGUUGGGCGACGUCAAAGGCGUUUUGCCUUGCCCGGAGCCGCUGUGGGAGAAACCAGGCUUGGAAGAAAUCUCAAGAGAUAACUCCAAAACAGUCCGAAUCCAUGAUGCACUUAGCAUGUUGUAUACAGGAAAGAAGUUGCCUCCAAACAUUGGAGACUUUGGCACAGUUGUCUUGACCUACGCUGUUUGUCAACGGACGAAAGAUGCUAUAUAUCAACACCAAUCAAAGCUUUCUUCGUGGACGCCAACAGCGGACGUCGCCAAGCAUUCUGAGGAGGAACUCGUUGAAGAAACGUGGCCACCAUCGCUUCCAAUUCUCUCAAGAUGGAGAAACAGCGCAUGCGACUGCUUAGACUUGCUCCAUUGGAACGCCAACGCCAUAAUUGCGAAAGCCGGAGGUUGGGAGCAUCCAGCACUAUUACACCUACACCUCUCGCGACUGAUUCUGUUAACACCAAUAAACCACAUGAGGACGCUUGCCGUGGCAGCCUCGCUGGGUACCUCCGGCAGAUCGGUUGACAAGUCGAAGGUGGAAAUAGCGAGAACGAGCAUCGCCAAAUGGGCGAUAAACGAUCAAUACAAGGCCAGGUUAUCGAUCAUCCACGCCGGGGCUCUGCUGUGGCAUAUUCGACGCUACAGCAUCACAAAUGUUCUGGAGCCCUUCGCCAUCUUCGCCUCUACUCUGGUCAUCUGGUCUUACAGCACCAUGAUGCUAUUUUUGAACCAGCAUAACGCUGCAUUAACACAGAUGCCGGGAACUUCACGACGAGAGCAUUCCCGGGAUGGUUUCAUGGGAUCACAGGCAAGUCCAAACGACACAAGCGCAGCAGAAGAUGAGUCUGAGGAACCAGAGCCGAAGUUCUUGCAUCUGGAUAGACCAUGCGAUGAUGAGAUGGUGCAGACGUACGUGAAGCUGGGGCAUCGUAUGUCGGGGCACGUUGCGAAAGUUGGCGAUAUUUGCCGAGAAGGUGCACCCAAGAUGAUUUUACGUGAAGGAAUUAGAAUGUUGACUGGCAAAUGUGGACAAGAGUCGGAGCUUCCGGGCGAGAACUCGGGGGAAAGAGGUUCGUUGCAGCAGCAGGGGAUCUGGGGGGUCGAGCAGCCCUUCGCAGACUUGCUAGCAUCCCUUGUUCAGUCUAAUUCCGACUGA